CAAUCAUAGCGUCGAGACCGUCAACGUAUUUCCUCCCUCCCAUUCCCUAUCUUCGCCCUCAUCAACAACAACACCACAGCACCAACGAUGCCGUUCUUCUGGCAGAAGAGCGCCGGCGCGGUCCGCCACGCGAGCGACGAUAUGCUGGCCGUCGACGAGAAGCUAGUCGGGGAACCCAUUCACAAGCUACGCCUCACCGACGAAGAGGAAGAAGAGGCACAUAUUAUCCACAACCUCGUCGAACUCCACCUUAUCGAUCCUGGUGAAGAAGAGUGCUUCCUGCGUAGGAAAGAGCGCGAGGCUGGAUUAUGCCUCGAUGAGCGCAAUGAGGGAAGGGUAGCCGCAGCCCCGGAGGGCUGGACUGUGUUGAGCCUACUUGUCCGCGAGCCUGCUGGCAGUUUGUGGACUUUGUUGCUCCAUUUUGUUGCCGUCUUACUUGCGGUUACGGGGAGACGGUUCUUGUACCAGACGAAGGAGCUGUUGAAGGCGAAUAAACUUGGUGGAGACCAAUGGGCGGGCUAUGAAUACAAACGCUUCUGGUCGAACGGAGCCGCAGAUGUACUCCCUCUGCUCGUAGUCCCGAUAGUAUGGCUUGUCAUGCAAUUCAGCGUUCGCGUAUGCCGACGCAGCAUCGUGCCAAUGCUCAGCAGCAUCUACGAAAUCACCAUGAUCGUGCUGCUCAUAUACUUCCCAACCGUCUCGAUCGCUAUGGAUGGAUACAAGUGGCAAGAGGUUCUGGACACCUUUGGGAGCCAUGAUCAACUUGAACAGCGUAUAAACACAUUGAGUGAGUUAGCACGACAAUACAAACUCGCCGGCCUACUCUGUGUCUACCCUAUUGCUGCCAUCUACCUUGUCAUAAUAACCACCCGCAUUCUCACCGCCAUCGCCACCCUCGCCCGUGGCACCGCUUCCCCAGGCACCGUCUUGUACUGGUUGCACCGCCGCGGCCACACCGCAGCCUCAGGCUUGUACCUCAUUACCGCUAUAAUGUCCGCCGUCGGUGCUUCGAUGAACAUCUGGAACGGGAUGUGGUACAGCUGGCACAGUGAAAUGGAGCACAUCACUGCUACAUGGAGCGCCUCUGGGUUCCCACUCCAAACCGUAUUCCUCGCUGCACAAGUCCUCGCAUUCCUUGGCCUGUGUGUCUGCGCUGUUGCGGGUGACGCCCCCACAGGGAAGGCGUGCCGCCGCUUCAGCUCAACGAUGGCGGUUGUCCUCGCCUACUCGGUGUUUACGUGCACGAUGGGUAUCAUUGCGAUGGAUGAGGAGAAUAACAAGUGGGCUGCUCAGACGACGAAGCCAAGGCAUAUGGUGGCUGUGUUGAUGGCGGCAAUAACUUUUUUGAUCCAUACUUUUAUCGCGCUUUGUCCUGCUCUUACCCACCAGGCUGCGUAUUAAAAUAUGGCUGUGAAUGAUGAUUGGGGGUUUUUUGGGGGGGGGGGAAUAUAGAAAGGGAGUUUGUUGUUAGCCUGCGCAUCUUUGCGUAUUUAGAUUUCAUUUUAUUUUACAUGUGCGCCACUGUAUAGCAUAAUAUUCCACAUGCGUGUCUAUAUAACAGGCUCUGCCUUUGGAAUGUAUGAUAAUAUCAUUAAAUCAUGCAGUUUCCAACAUGAAAUACCGAAUCCCG